AUGAGCUACUAUGGCAACUACUAAGGAGGACUGGGCUAUGGCUAUGACUGUAAAUAUAGUUAUACCUCUGGCUUUGGUGCCUUUAGAAUCCUGGACUGUGGCUACAGAUGUGGCUGUGGUGGGGUAUGGAUUCGACUGCUGCCACCAAUAUGA